GUUUCAGCGCAGUUUAACUGCGGCCGCGGCUUUAUGAUGUGCUCUGUGAUUGUCUAGACGAUAUCAAUAACAUGACCCCAAAAAACUUGCUAUCGGUUUCUUCACACUGCUCGGGACAAAUCAUUGCUCUGGAGGGAUUUAAUAAAUGGACUCUAACGGACAGCUGAACUUCAAUUCAUCGUUUCCCUCCGUCCGGUGUCAAACGAAUGGCAAACGUGAAAGUCGCGAUUCGAGUCCGUCCGCUCAACUCCAGGGAGAGUCUGGAUGGAGGACGAUUAGCUGUACAAGUGGAGGACAAAGUGGUGAGGGUCCGAAAUGUGAAGUUGGAGGGGCGUUUGGACGGGCGAUCGGAGGGUCUGCCUGACUCCAGGGAGAAGUUUAUGGAGUUUGGGUUUGAUUUCUGCUACUGGUCCGUGGAUCCAGCGGCUCCCAACUAUGCGUCACAAGAGGAGGUGUUUCAGGACCUGGGUGUGUGUGUUCUGUCUGGAGCUUCAGAGGGGUAUAACGUGUGUCUGUUUGCCUAUGGACAGACAGGCUCAGGGAAAACGUACACCAUGAUGGGUACUCCAGACUCUAUUGGACUGACACCGAGGAUCUGUCAAGGUCUUUUUAGGUCUGGAGUUGAAUCUGCAGAUGGACAGAGCUGUAGAGUUGAAAUAAGUUUUUUAGAGAUCUAUAAUGAGCGUGUGCGUGAUCUGCUGAGAGGUGCGGAGCAGAAGAAGCCAGCGCCCCUGAGGGUUCGAGAACACCCAGAGAAGGGGCCCUAUGUGCAGGGUCUUUCUCAGCAUGUAGUGACUGACUACAAACAAGCAGUGGAUCUGCUUGAGGAGGGCAUUGCUAACCGCAUCACAGCCGCUACACAUGUCCAUGAUGCUAGCAGUCGAUCUCACGCCAUUUUUACCAUUCAAUACACACAGGCGAUUCUAGAAAAUAACCUCCCUUCAGAAAUAGUGAGCAAGAUCAAUCUGGUGGACCUGGCUGGCAGUGAACGAGCUGACCCUCAAUACUGCAGAGACAGAAUAACAGAAGGAGCCAACAUUAACAAAUCUCUCGUCACACUUGGCAUCGUCAUCUCCGCUCUUGCCCAGAACUCUCAGAUGUUCAGCAGCAGUCAGAGCAUCAACAGUGUGCUCAGUGAGGGUGAAGGGAGCACUGUGGGGAGCCAGUCCAGCUCUCUGUCGGGCAGCGGGCGCAGACAAUGCUUCAUUCCCUACAGGGACUCUGUCCUCACCUGGCUUCUCAAAGACAGUCUGGGAGGCAACUCCAAAACCAUCAUGAUUGCAACUGUCUCACCAUCCAGCAGCAGCUACAAUGAGACUCUGAGCACCCUCCGCUACGCAGCUCACGCCAGGAACAUCGUCAAUAAGCCAAGAGUCAAUGAGGAUGCCAGUGUGAGGUUGAUCAGAGAACUACGAGAAGAAAUUGAUCGUCUGAAGAGCAUGCUGCUCAGCUUUGAAAUGCAGAGGAAUCCCAGUCCAUCUCUCAGUGAUGAGAGAGAAGGCAGCUUGUCUGAUAUAGUCCUACAGAAUGAACUGAAGGUGGAGCAGCUGACUAAAGACUGGUCUGACAGUUGGCAUGAUAAGCGAGCCCUGUUGGAGCGCUACAGUGUGGACAUUAACCAGAACAGAGCAGGCGUUCUCAUUCAGUCACUCUUGCCUCACCUCAUCGCUCUAGAGCCAGACGUCCUCAGCACAGGGGUCACCAUCUACCACCUUCGGGAAGGGGUGACGAGAAUCGGGCCUCAGGAUGACAACCUGGAAGAGCCUCACAUAGUCUUGCCAGAAGGUUCCUCCUGCGAGAUUGAGAACAAGUGCGGGGUAGUAACUCUGAAGCCAGUCUCAGGGAACAUCUGCAUGGUCAAUGAAAGAGAGAUCAAGGAGCCCUGCAGACUUGCACAAGGUGCAGUAAUUACCUUAGGAGGACUCCAUAAGUUCAGGUUCAACCACCCUGCAGAGGCGGCUGUUCUGAGGGAGAGAAGACGGACCAGUGAUGGAGGUCUGGUCUACAACUCUACAGAGCCCAACUCACCCAGUUCUGACAUAAGGGUUCUAGGAGCAGGUUGUCAUGAGAAUGAAAAUGGGACGGCUCCCAGACAGCGACUAGAGGAGCAGCAGUGGUACAUAGAGUGUCUACGAGAGGAGAUUCAGAUGGAGCAGAAAAGAGCGGAGAGAGAUCUGGAAAGAGAGCAGGCACGUCUCCGACAGCAGCACACUGAGAUCAAGCAGUGGAUCUUGCAAGAAAAGCAACGGCUUGAAGCACACAGGGAAAAGGGGACAUUGGAGUCAGGGGUUCAGACAGAUCUCGUACUUCACAGUGGUUUAUCAAAUCAGAUGACUGAGGAGGAAGGCAGUGCUGAAAGAGUCCCACCGUCGCCAUUAAUAGGUGACAGGAAAAGAGUAGUGCAGGAGGAACUGCUGAAGCACCAUGCACUGCGCAGAGCUGAGAACCGCGUGCGCCGCAAAAGGUUACAUUACCAACUGGAGAAGAUUGCACGAAAGCGCCACCUGUUGGAGGCGAAGCGAGAGCUGCAGAGGCUAGAAAAUGAGCUUCUACAAGGGGGUGAUGAAGCCUCAUCUGCAGAUCUGGGAUACCCCUUAAAGUCCAGGGCACGUCCAAUGACUUUACGAAGGCAUUCAUUUUCUGCUGAUCUGCUGUCCCGAUUGUACCCCCAGCACACUCCCAUUUUCAGCCAGGUCCUCAAAAGGAAUAGAUCUUCUGAGUUUACAGCAUCUCUAGCUGGCUUUGCUUGUGCCACUAAAUGGGAAUCUGAUGAACAUCUCCAAGAUCAAAAGAUUAGAAGACGUUCCAAUACAAUGCCCUCAAGAUAUGACCAAGGAUCCUCAUGUUGGGCCAGUUUUUCAGACAGCGUCAAAAGUCCCAUAAAAGAUGCGAGUUCAGCUAAAGCUACAAAAUUAAAAACGGCUUCCUCAAGGUUGAUAGUCAAGGAAAGCACAAGCGACCAAGACAAGAACUGUCUGGAUUCAGACACCAAAGCCACUAGGAAAGUAUUACCGAUAAUCAAACAGAAAAGUUCUGUGAAGGGAACAAAGAGUCUAUCACAAGGUGGAAAUAAAGGUUUAGAGACCAUCCGCAAGGUUUUUUCCCACUCUGUUGGCUCUGGGAUCAAAACUGCUUUGGCAAAAGUUUUCCGCAAACCACCGUCAGGCUUACGUGGACAUAGAAGUGUGAAAUCUGUCAACAAAGCAACAAGUCAGAACAAAAACAAGACUGUGAAAGACUUUGAGCAAAAAAAAGAAAAGUGCUCUAUCAAGCCAACAAUGUCUUAUGAAAAUUUGGAGCAGCUUAACUCACUAAAACAUAAGCAACAGAGACACUGGCGUAGUGCAGAAGUUCUAACGAGUACCAAGCAGUGGGUUGCAGCACAAAAAGAAACAGUUGGAUGGGCAGAACACGUUGGCUGGGAGGAACCCAAUGCAUCCUCAGAUUGUGAUAGUAUCUUCUCAUUGGAUUCGCUGUCAUCAGCUUAUGCUACAGCUCUGGCUGAGCAGCUUCAACAGGAGGAAUGUGAUUCCAGUGAUGCUGAGAGUGAAGACAGCCAGAUGUCUCAAGACUCUCUUGUUAUGGAGAGCAGUGGGAAGCAUGUGACUGCCAAGCCAGUGCUGAGGUUUAAUAAAGUUCCAAGCCACUUAACCACCUCUACAACACAGACUUCAUGCAGCUCUCAGGCAAUUGGAAACAAAGAGCAGAUGAGAAUAUCCAAAGAUGUACCUGCGGAGGUUUUCUGGAGCCUUAAUGGUAGUCAGAAGUUGAAAAUGGAGAAUGCCCAAGGCAUGGCUAGAGAGUCUUCUCACAUGUCUGAAUCAAGACCCUGCAGCGGUGCAAGUAACAGGGAGACGGAGAAUCCACUUGCUCUUACUGAUGCAUGGUCAUCUACUGAUGCAGCAGACAGUCCCAGAAUCAUCAGAGCUUCAGGACACUUGAUCAAACAGGAUCAACACACACUAAUAGAAAGCAGUAGAUGCCAAAGCUCUACUAGUUUGGAUAUGUCAGACAACACAAAUGUCUCAGAAAGCCAGAGCUCACCUCGUUCUGACUCAACUCAGGAUGGAAAUACAACACUUGAAGAGCAAAAUGACACGUUCUUUGAAAAUACCCUGUUGUUAGAGAGUGAUCUUAGCUUUAUCCCAGGGCAAGAGAUGGAUUUUAAGGCACUGGCUACCAAUGAACAACCAUGUACAACUCACAGACUCUGCAACUCUACAGAUACAAAUUCAGAUGGGGUAGCAAACCCAAAUAAACCAACCACUCAAUGUGAACCACUGAAUCCCACUGCGACUGAAGCAUUGUUGAUCAACUCUUGUUCCAAAGAUGGUCAGAUCUCAACAAGUACUAGUUGCUUCCCACUUAACUCUAGUAGGGAAGAUGUACAUGUUAAAGAGGAGCCACCAUCAUACCCAAUGUACCAUGACUCUACAGAUACCAAUUUAGGUGGGGUAGCAGACCCAAACAAACCAGCCACUCAACGUGAACCACUGAAUCCCACUGUGACUAAAACAUUGCUGAUCAACUCUUGUACCAAAGAUGGUCACAUCUCAACAAGUACCAAUUGCUUCCCAGUUAACUCUAGUAGGAAAGAUUUACAUGUUAGAGGGGAGCCAUCAUCAUACCCAAUGUACCAUGACUCUACAGAUGCCAAUUUAAAUGGGGUAGCAGAUCCAAGCAAACCAACUACUCAAUGUGAACCACUGAAUCCCACUGUGACUAAAACAUUGCUGAUCAACUCUUGUUCCAAAGAUGGUCAGAUCUCAGCAAGUACCAAUUGUUUCCCAGUUAACUCUAGUAGGAAAGAUUUCCAUGUUAGAAAGGAGCCAUCAUCAUACCCAGUGUACCAUGACUCUACAGAUACCAAUUUAGGUGAGGUAGCAGACCCAAACAAACCAACCACUCAACGUAUACCACUGUAUCCCACUGUGACUAAAGCAUUGCUGAUCAACUCUUGUUCCAAAGAUGUUCAGAUCUCAGCAAGUACCAAUUGCAUCCCAGUUAACUCUAGUAGGGAAGAUUUACAUGUUAGAGAGGAGCCAUCAUCAUACCCAGUGUACCAUGAGGAAUGUUCUCUGAGGAACUUAAACCUGACAACAGGUUUUCAUGUUUCAACAUGUGAAAAUGCAGCAGAUACAGAAGUUAAGAACUCCGAAGUGGCACAUAUUCUAGAUGAAUCACACAGCAAUGCAAGCACUGACAAUGGCAAAACCACUGGACACUGUGAUGAAGAAAAAAAGUAUUUCUAUACAAAACAGUGCACAGAAAUGGCUUGCCCAACUGAUACCAAUGAUUAUGCACUGACAAUCAAAGAAUCAGAGAAGCAUGAUGUAGUUAAUAGAUUCGGCAGAGAUGGUGAACACUUUGGUGUAAAGUUAGGGAAUGAACCAGUCAGUGGAACAUGCAAAAUGAACGACUUUGUGAGAAAUAUGACGCUUCCAAAGAAAAGUGAUGAAGAUGUUUCAGACACUGAGACAGCAUUUUUACAUAUGGAUCAGGAACAGUCAUCUGCUUGUUCAACUAUCAAUGCAGAAUCUGUAAAAAGUAGAUCUCUUUUGGAAAACUGGCUAACACAUAGUACGAUGGAAAACUCUGAUCAAGACCUAGACGAGAAGGAAGCCAAGAAUGAUCAUAAAACUUUAAUCAGCAAAGACCACAUUAAUACUUUUAGAAAUGACAGUAGUGUAUGCGAUGGUGGACUGACACAAACAAACUGUGCUACCCUGAAAUCCUCCAAAAGUCCAGAGAUGAAACACUUUAUUGACAACAUUAAAGAGGAUAGAAAAGAUGCAGACCAGAUUGUGGAGAGAAAGACCAAUAACCGAUAUUUUCAGAUGAGCGACUCUGCAAUUAAUGCUAAAAUAUCAGAGGUGGUGAAAGAACAUUUUAUGUCUCUAAGAGAAGACUACAGAGAAGAUCAAGAGUCAGACACAAAGAAAGAAAACGCUUCUUUAGCUAAACUCGAUGAUUUGAAGUCCAAAACAAACAAACAUGAAUUUGAUUACAGAAGUACUCAGGCUGGACAUGGUGAGAGUAAUAGUUCCCAUCCUUUCUCAUGUAUGUCAAAAUCAGAGAACAGUGAUUCACAAACUGAAUCAAGACAUUCUUCGACUAUGAAGGAUCAUGCAGUCUUGAACUCCACUGGCACAGUAGAUCAUACUGCAAGGAAGGAAGAAAGGAAAGUUGGACAAGAAAAUCCAAAAUGUGGAAUUGUCAGUGACAGCUUGGAAUCAGUAUUAUACUGCACUAUAGAGGAACAGAGCACAGAUAAACUAAAAACAAGUGAAUCAGUGUUGUCAUGUGUUAAAGAAACUAUUAUUGAUGUGAAUACAUCAAGAGAGAACAUUAUUGUCUGCACCAAACUAAGAAAGGAUUAUGCCGAUGCUUCAAACCCUGUUCAAAGGAAAGACUGCAUCAGUGAAGGGGUUUUGGAGAAAGAUAAUGCCACUGUAUUAAAACAGCUUCCCUGCAUGUAUGCGCAAGAUACUUUAUCUCUUAAGCUAACAAAUGGCUUGGAUAAAGUUAAGAAAGUUAAUCUGUGCAUCCUCCAGAAUGCACAGGUGGUUGACAACAAAACAAAACAAAAUGAAAGUGGACUGAGCUCUACGGGAAUGCACAGUUAUGAUGAUAAACAAUUAACAUCACAUGAACAUUCAAGACUUUUGAAUGAAACUUCAUGCUCAUCAAGUGAAAAAUGUCCUAUGAAGAUCUCAACUCCUGUAAAGUUCAGUAAAUGCAACAUCUCUCAGGUGUCAUUGUCCACUGAAGCAACAAUGAAACGUACUGUCUCAGGUGUGCACUCCAAAGAUGUGGCUGAUGCAUUUCAACAAACCAUGGAGGCACAAAAUAAAAAGGCAUGUUCAAAUAACUCUUCAAUAUCAAGUAUGGAAGAUUACCACUCAACAGUGGAAGGCAGUUACCCAACUCCCGAAGCCCGGCCUUUAAGCAAUCUUGCAUUUUAUGAAUUUGGUCCAGGAAAAUAUAAUGGUUGUGCAAACCAAGAUAAAACUUGUGUUAAACGUUCCUUGGAAACUGCUACUAUCAGUAGUAAUUGUGGUCAAGAUAAAGAAAGACAUGUAGAGCAAAUACACAACGGUUACUCUGAAGAUUUAAGAAAAGAUAUCACUAUUCUAGAUUUAGGCCAGGCACCGAAAAGACCACAAAUGAACAGCUUGGUUAAAAAUUGUGAUCCUGGAAAGAUCGACAAGAGUGCACAAUCAGAGAAUCAGUCAAUCUACACAAGUAAUCAGUUGGAAAUGAUUGUUACACCUCAGCAUAAUGAUGGCAGCAUUAAAGGAACGCAAAGUUUUGAUAACCAACCACUGAAAAAUCAAGAGCCAAAUAUGCCUAAAAAUCCCCAGUCAACUUGUAUGCAAAGAAGAGAGCCUGAUAAAUCUGUUGAGGUGUUUCACAAUGCAAAACAGACUCAUUGCAGUCAAAAUACAAAGGAACAUUAUAGUAACAGAUGUAAAUCUGCAGACCAAGGAGAACAUGUCACAACAGCGAAUGAUCCAAAACAUUUUGUUGGCAAUGGUAAUGAUGAAAGACGGAAAGGAAAACAAAAGCGAUACAGAAAGGCCCACUUUAUAGCCCCUCCAAGUUCAUCCACAGAUUCUACACCAGAAGUAUCUUUGGAUGAAAGUACCACAACCAAAAGUCAUGCAUCUCGUACCAGACCUGCUUCUCAGGCAAAUCUACUUCCUACCAGUCAAAUUGCUCUUAGCGAAUACAAAAGUCCUCCACUUGAUGAACAAAGCAUUCCUUCACCUUCAGCAAUUAGUACAAGGUUGUUAGAUGCACAACCAGGACAGAGAUACACCCAGCAUCCUUGCACUGGUACGCCAACCUCGAUGACUGGAGUCACCUUACAUAGCGAAGCUAAGAUUGAGACAAUUGAAAAUCAACAAGAUCAUAGUUCUACUAAGAAAUGCAGAUAAUAGAGAUAAC